UCAUGUUUUCGAGUGUUUGAGGAAUCUCACGGUGUUAGACAAGGAAUUAGACGAGCGACAGCCAGUCACAUUAGGGCUGUUUACGCCACGCAACCCAGAAGACUAUCCAACGUUGGAACACAACUGGCAGCAACCUAUCUAAACCCAGGACUGGUCAAUCACCUAAGCUAUCCUGUCGAGAGAGAAGAUAUCUAUUCAGGCUUGCUCGCCAAUGUCCAAAAAUUGAAUACUCAGCAAUGCUGCAAGACCUUGGACUCUCAGUUUCAGCUGCUACCAUUCAAUCAGCACUCAACAAAUAUGGCCUUAAGAACUUCAGGGCCCGGCAGCGACCAAAGAUCAAUGCUGCUACAGCUUCUCAGCGUCUCAUAUAUGCCCAUGAGGGUCGAAACUUCAACUGGAAACAGUGCCUUAUCAGGUUCAGUGAUGAAUGUUCAGUCCAAUGUGGCUCUGGAAAGGGUACUGAGUGGUCCUUUGGCUAUCCUGAUGGGAAAUUUGACCACAACAAAGUCACAUAUGUGACUACUGAUUGUGGGAGCCAACAGAUGGUAUGGGCAUCAAUAUGGAUCACACCUAGUGGUAGAGUUGGUUGGUUACCUCUAGUGAUCAUGGAGAGGGACUACACUUCAAAGGGUCAGGGGUACACAAGCCAGUCCUAUAUCAAAGUACUCGACAAAGGCCUUCUCCCUUACUACCAGCCAGGAGAUCGAUUUCUACAAGACAAUGCUUGAAUCCAUACAUCAAAGGCAACCACAGAGUAUCUAGAGAGCCAUGGAAUAUGGACUGUCAAACACCCAGCAUACUCACUCGACCUCAACCCUAUUGAGCACAUGUGGUGGGCCUUGAAAAGGAUUGUUCAUCUUACCCACCCUGAGCUA